AUGGCAUGCGAACUAGAAACUCCAAGGAGUGAUGACACUGGAACAAUUGGAAACAGAGGCGGUAAUUAUUUUAGAGGUCAAAGAUCUCGUAAUUAUAAUAAUCAAAAACCGCAAGAAAGAUUUCAGAGAAAUCAACAACAACAAUAUAAUCAUGGGAAUAGUGGAUAUAACAACAGACCACAAAGACAAAAUUAUAAUAAUUAUUACCGUGGCGGUGGCAAUGGAAGAGGGCAAUAUAGAAAUAGCAACUAUAGAGGUGGAAAUAGGGGUGGAAGAAGGGGUGGAGGUUUUAAUAAAUAUCAAUCACCAAAACAUCAAAACGUCGAUAUUAGUAAAUAUUAUCACAAAUCCUUCUUUGAAGAUCCUUGGGCUGAUUUAGAAGCAAAAGAAAUCAUUUGA